GAUUAUCACCUGUGAUUUGAAGAACAGGCUAGCCAAUGUCUUUGUUGGUGUUGCGUUGAUGCGCUGAACAAUUGCUCAGUUUGGUAUUCACGGGCGAUAAAGACGGUAAUCGUUUCGAUAUGACGACGCAAAGCGGUGUCUUUAUUUGUGCGAUCGGAUUGGGUAUAAUAGUGACAUGUUAUGCGACUAUUCGGCCUUCAACUUCACUGCAUCUGAUGGAGGGCGAAGGCUUUGUGAUUUAUUUAGAUGUUCCAAAGAAUUUUGGUGCGAUCAAGAACUGUUGGUUCAAAUUCAGAGGAAAUGACAAGGAGAGGAUCGAUUUGAAUGCCACCGAACCUAUUGAUACUUCUCGCGGAGAGCAUAUACUACCGUACGAAAAUGAUGUAUGCGGUAUACGAGUAAUGGGCGUGACUGCAGCUUCUGCGGCCAUUUGGACCCUUGAAAUGGAAAACUAUUUUGGCGAUUAUGAACAAGGUUCCGCAACCAUUCAGAUACUACCGUUUCAGAAAACAAAGUUCGAUACUCGGGUCCAAAUGGAAUUCGGCAAGGGGACGAUAAAAUGUUCCAAACCUGACUCAGCUAAGCACUGCAAAAUUGUGGAUCUUUAUUAUGGAGAGACGUACCGUGAUUGUCAACUCUAUACAACUAUACAUCCGGGUAGUUCGUUCGAGUGUUAUGUUUAUAAUUGGGGUCGCAUGGAAGAGAGUUACGAACGCAUUUUUGUCGACACUCUUAAUGGGACACUUCCGAGUACAAAUGCGACGUUAAACGAGAACAACAAAGCCAUAACUAUAAGCUGUGAUUUUCAAAGCACUGUAUAUUCGUGUCAGGCUGAAAAGCCAGAUCGUAAAACCGAACUGUUGAUUAUGGAUGGUGUAUAUAACGGCUACUAUUCCGCUGCUCAAACGAUAACUACAAAAUCCAAGUGUGAGUUGGAAAUUCCAAAACCUCUUAAAGAUUCUGACAGUGGCCUUUGGAGAAUUAUGAGUUACAGCACCUCUGGCAUACCGAAGGGCUGUCUAUUUUAUGUUGGCAAAUCCAAAUCCGACAUUAUACUCUCGGAAUUGUCCAAUAUGCCACAGCUAACUACCGUGAAAGUCUAUAAACCAGAGGAUGGGGCCAAAAAUGUGAUUGAGGAACUUUCCUGCAAUGUGCCAUUUGAAAUCCACGACUGUUACCUUAGGGAUCCGAACAAAACAAUUUAUAUACCUGAAAGUAUACGCUUUGACAGCCAACGUCUGUAUGGAAAAUGCGCAUUUUAUAACAUGCCUAUCAUUCAGGGCAUCUGGUUAUGUGGAGCUCGAGGUCGCGAUUACGACAAGGAAGUAGUACAAAAUAUCGAGGUUAUAACAAAGUCGAAAUAUGGCGAGACACUGACAGAAGUCGUGAAAGUAAAGCGUGGCGAUGCAGCCGAGUUGAUGUGCAAAAGUCCAUUUGAUGAACCCAUAUCCCAUUGUGCUUUUAUCGAUCCAAAUGGUGGUGUAUUUUUAGUGGGGACGGUGAAUAGUAUAAAAUCCAAAGGACGAAUACAAUAUUAUGGACGGGGGAUAACUAAAGGCGAUUGCGGCAUUAAGAUAACUGAUAUCAAUCGAGACGAUUACGGUCAAUGGAAAUGCCAGUUUAUUAUUCGGUCUGGCAAUUUGAAGUCUUCAUUUACAAUGGAACUCAAGGAAUUGGAUACUGCCCAUGCCACAUCCGUCGGCUUAGCUAUUGGUUUAACAGUUGUGUUAAUACUUGUUGUGGGUGUAGUUAUAGGAACGUUUAUAUAUCGCCGACGCAACUUAAGUGCGCGCCAUAAUCUAGCAUCGACAGAUCCAUUGGAACUUGCCGGCCCAUCCUCCAUUUCGCAUGAGACCAGCUGAAUAUGGAACACUUUUUAAGUCAUACCCAUGUGUUCAAUACGAUCUCUUGUUAUUAUAAAAUAUUAAAUUGUUUAAAAUACAAUGUAGAAGACAUCCCGAAAAAUUGGCUACGGCUAAAAAUUUGCCAUGAAAUACAUAUGUAAAGUUA